AUGGAAGAGAGCUGCAAAUAUUUUGCAGCUAUUGUUCUGCUGCUGGUAGAUGUGCAUGGAACCUGGGUACGAAAUUCCUGGGUGCCAACCUGCCUAUGGCAACCUAGAAUUCUCCAGGGCAGGCUCGCAAAAUCUUCACCUACUCUCUGGGACAGUACUUUGCAAGAACAGAAGGGGGAAUUACGAAAGCGUCUAUCCUACACUACCCAUAAGCUGGAAAUGCUUGAAACGGAAUUUGAUUCUACACGUCAGUAUCUUGAAAUAGAACUGAGACGUGCUCAGGAGGAACUUGAAAAAGUAACUGAAAAACUGAGAAGGAUACAAAACAAUUACCUAGCCUUACAAAGAAUUAAUCAGGAUCUGGAGGAUAAACUUUAUAGAAUGGGUCAACAUUACGAAGAGGAAAAACGGGCAUUGAGCCAUGAAAUCAUUGCACUCAAUAAUCACUUAAUAGAGGCCAAGGUGACAAUAGAUAAGUUGUCAGAAGACAAUGAGCUCUAUAGGAAGGACUGCAAUUUAGCUGCUCAGUUGCUCCAGUGCAGCAAGAAUUACGACAGGGCACAUAAGCUUUCUGAGAAAUGCACAGAGAUUGUGGCCACCACAUUAGUCAAAGAACCAUAUACACUGCCAUCUGACUUUCAGGAAAGAGUCAGCAUCCAUCUGGAAAAACACGGGUGCAGCCUUUCUGUCCCCUUGUGCCACACAUCUUACGCUGAUACCAUACCCACUUGUGUCAUUGCCAAAGUACUGGAAAAACCAGAUCCAAACAGCUUGUCUUCACACUUGUCAAGCCCAUCUACAAGGGAUCUCAAUUUUCAGGACUCUGCUGGCAAACUUGGACAAAGGCCCCAGUACAAGUCAGACAUCUACUGCAGCGACACCGCCCUUUACUGCCCCGAGGAGAGGAGGAGGGAGAGGAGGCAGAGUGUGGACACACAAGUGAAAGACGUGGGGUUCCUGCGGUCCCAGAACUCCACGGACAGCACCGUCGAAGAAGACGGUUUCCAUUCCAGCUUCUCUCACGAAGCCUUCCCAGAGUACAUUACCUCUCUGCCGACCUCCAGCUCCUAUUCCAGCUUCAGCGUCACAUCUGAGGAGAAGGAGAAUGCCCAAGCCAACACUCUGACAGCCUCUCAGCAAGCGAUCUACAUGAGCAACCGAGAUGAACUGUUUGAAAGAAAGUCACCUGCAGGUUAUGAGCACCAGGGAAGUCCUAGGUUUGCCAAGUCCAAACCUGCGCAGCACAUGGAGCUUGCCGAUGACAACGAGAACUCACCCACUUUUACUAGGACUCUGCCUCCUUAUGCAAACGAACCUUUUCAUUUCUCAGCCAUAACACCACAGCAGGCUUUAGCAAAUCAGAAAAUGAGGAACGAGUGCAGAAGCACCCACCUUUCAGAAGAAGACUUGCCUGGGCGAUGGAGGCAAUUGAGCGUGGAGGACAUUGGUGCGUACCCUUACAGGAACACUGGCAGGCUGUCGCCCUGUAGUUUUUCAGAGCAGUACUACAGCAGCCCUAUUAAGAAGGGAGACAGUCGAACAAGCCCCAUCUAUGCUAGUUACAAAGCAGAUAGCUGCUCAGAGGGAGACGAUAUCUGCCAAAGCAGACUUGUGGAUUCUUGCUUCCUGAGAACAGACAGUGGCCUGAAUAUUGACAUCAGCACUAGCUGUAAACAGGACAAAUUGCCCACUUACAAAACAAAAGAAUCAAGAGACCAAAAAAAUGAAAGGAUCACCGUCCAGUUAUGCAGUAGCAAAAACAUCGAAAAUAGCCCGGUAUUGAAAAGAGAAUACGUGGACGUGAGCCCCAACAGCUCAGCAGAGUCCCUCAAUCAGAGUUCAAUGGAGGCUUCAGAAAUCCACCAGUCUUCCAUGGAGCAAGGAAGCCAUUCGGGUAUUCACAGCAAACAGCAGCAGUUUCAACGGACUGGGAGUACUGGUUUGAGUCGGAAGGACAGCCUUACAAAAGCACAAUUAUACGGAACCCUUCUGAACUAG